AUUUAUUUCCUCAUUUAUUUAUUUUAAGAUUCAUUUCAUAGACAUGAUAGUUUUUUAUGUGUGCUUAUUUCAUAUUGACGUAAAGAGCCGAUGGCUGAUCUUACUUGUGGUUUGGUGGUUUUGUUACUUGGUUUCAGUUCUCAGGCUGUCCAUUUAGUUCUGACAAAACAGUUCCAUAACUAAUAGGAUAAUAAUAAGAUAAAAAAUUCCAACUCAGGGGGAUGCAUGCAACCUUAUAUGGAUGCACAGCACACAAGCAUGCAUGUUUAACUUGCAUAUAAUUGCGUAUAAUACCUUUAUGCAGUCAGCCCACAUACUUCGGACGUGCAAAAUGUGCAUGUAUGUGGGAGGACUUGUGGCAUGUCCUGCCACAGAUUCAACGUAUAUAUGUAGCUGUAGUUGACUUGAGUCCUGAACACAAGCUCAGGACUUGUCUGAUCACAACCUCUGACUUUGACAAUUUUUUUACAUCCUGAAAAUUGGUUUACAGUUUGCCUGACUGCAGUGAUGAAGGGAAACGUGAUGAUCUUUGCUUCACUGUAUUUACUCCUCUGCUGGAUGAUGCCUGUAGACUCCAUGGCGAUCCGCUUCAACUUCACUUUCCGAGAUCCAAGUCAGAGCAUCCCAUUGAGCAUGGUUGAAGAUGCUGUUGAUGACAUGUACUUUGGCUGCAAUGAAAAAAUGGCGAAAAUUGUCAUAGACAAUUACUUUGAAAAAGAAUUGACAUCUGAAAUAUUCGGAAAAGCCUGGAAACAGGCAAAAGAUUGUACAAACCGCAGCCUAGAAAGAAAAAGAAAAGAGGAUGUUGCUUUAACUAAGGAUCACAUGCAGGCAAUCUGUCUUUAUACAUCUGACUAUGAAAAAUUUUACAAGAAGUUUAAUGAAGCAGUCCGGACCAAUAGAACAGACUAUGGCACCUCCUUUCCAUUUCAAUCCUUACAUUUCUGGCUGACAUCGGCUAUUCAAAUCCUCAAUAACAAUAAAAAGUGCACCACUACUUACAGAAGAACAAAUGAUAUAUUUAACAGCAACGACAAAAUUAUUCGGUUUGGGUUUUUUGCAUCCAGCUCUUACAGCACUGACCUUAAACAGUUUGGUAACAAGACCUGCUUUAAAAUUAAGACCUGUUUUGGUGCUUUCCUGAAAGACUAUCCACAUCUCGGAAGUAAAGAGCAAGAGGUGCUCAUCCCUCCCUAUGAGAAGUUCAAAAUAACUAAAGCGACGAAUAGAUUUGUAGAAGGUUUGACUGACUGCGAGAUCAUCUACAAUCUCGAGAGUGCAGGAGUUGAAAGCAAUCUAGACUGCCGUGCUGCAAAGUAACAAAGCAACCAGUGGUUCUUCUUCAAGUGGUGGACCAAAGUGAAAACAAAGCUUAGAGUUUAGUCUUGCUCAGUAAACUAAUGUAUGUUAAUGUAAUGAUUCUAUAUAUAUUCAAACACUCUCCUCUAUCCCUAAAUUCAUGCUUGGAGGUUCUUUAAAUAUUGCAGGCUUAAGUUUUUAUACUUAUACAACAUAUUCUACUGUAGCUACAGCAACAACAACAUUUUAUUUCUGAAAUGUAUUUGUGAUGUGUUAGCAUUUAGCAAAAUGUAUAUGUGCAACAAAUAUUUUGUGUGGAAAUUUCAUGAAUUCAUGAAAUAAAUUCUUA